GUGCCAGUGUCGUACUGAGUUUGGAAGCAGACAGUGUGAUGAGUGUGGGGAGAAUCACUUUGGGAACCCUGGCCUGCGCUGUGUCAGGUACCGACCGGCCUGCCUGCGACCCAUUGACGGGUGAGUGCCUGUGCCGCAUUGGUGUGAAGGACAUCUUCUGUGACGAGUGUGCCCCUGGGUAUGACCAAGUCUUUCCUGCCUGCACCCCGUGCCAACCCUGUGCCGUCCUGUGGGUGGACAACGUCACCGAUGUCCACCGUGCCGCCCAGAGGAUGCGAACCUUUAUGCCUUGCAAUGGCGAGCAACUGGAGCCAGGAUACAGUCGUCGGUGGCAACGCAUGCUGGAGAUGCACUCCAAGUUGGACUAUCUGGUGAAACUGACUGGAAGAUUUCUACCUCGGGUGAAGGAUGUGGAGCAGUUCUGUGUCAGAAUCUCGUAUGUAAAUAACAGUCUCUCAUCUUUUUUAAUUUCUGAAUAUUAUUAUUCAACAUACUCUUAAACCAUGAGUUGAAGUGAUUUAUACUAUACUUUGACAGUUAUCUUGGAGCUGUACACUUUGUCCUUCCUUCCUUUGUCCUUCCUUCCAAUGGCGUCAUCAUGGACCUAACGUUUAUUCUGAACACUGAGAUCGACAACAUCUGAAGUUCAAGAUACCAUUGGAUAACUUAAAGGACAAAAUCAGCGAGGAGCCAACAGUAGAUACAGUGAAACUGGAAGGUACAUAUGGCCAUAUAGUUUUUUUUAAUCAUUUGAAAUUCACUGUAAUUUCACUGUGUAUGUAGAGCAACUUUGAUCAAAUGUAAAGUGUGAGUAUCUGAUUGGUGGUGUUAGGUUCUAAUUAUUAGAGUAAGAUCUCGACGGACACCAUUAAAGCUUAAACCAAGUUUAUUCUACCCUAAGGAUCGAACAGCUGAACCGACAAAAUACAUAUUCACACAAGCACUGAUAUUUAACCCUUUCUCCUAUGCUGAGUCAUCUCUGUUGCUAGACAGAACCUUAGGGAUACCUGCUCUUCCUCACUUCAUCUGACCUGACCUCUGGCCAAAAAUUCACACUCCUCCCCAACUCACGGCUGUCAUGUUGACUCGUACCAGAUGGUGUCUUUCCUCUUCCCAUAGGAUCCUGUUGGGGUAGGUUCCUUGUUCCUUGUCAAUCAUUUGCUUAUUGGUGAAAUCAGCAUUCAGACAAUAUCUUUAAGUAAAUCAAUCAAAAACCGUUAUUAAUGCAAUUGCAGACAGAAGUUGACAACGGGAACAUAGCACGCAUGUUUCCGAGUAAGUUCUGCCAAAUCGGAAAGGGUCCAAGUUGCUUUAACUAGGAUAUAUGCUAGCGUCCCACCUCGCCAACAUCCAGUGAAAUUGCAGGGCGCCAAAUUCAAAACA